UUUUGUUUGCCUGCUUGCUUGUUAAGACAGGGUCUCUCUGUGUAGCCCUGGCUGUUGCUAUGUAGACCAAGCUGGCCUGGAACUCACAGAAAUCAUCCUAGCUCUGCCUCCUGAGUACUGAGAAUUAAAGACAUGUAUCAUCACACCUGUCAGAAAAGGAAGAGUAAACAGCAUGCACUCUCCUGCCAGAUAUCCUUGAGGGGAAACCAUCCUUUGAAGUUUGGUUGGGAAGAGAUUUGAGAGCAGAGGAGAGGUAAAGGAAGCAGUUAGAGUACAAAUAGAAAUAACAUCAGUGUAGAACCCAAAAGAAAAGGGCAGGUCUCUCUAGGUCCUCAUUCAUCAGACAGAUGAUUUUGAGGAACAAGACAUGGGGUUCUGCUUUAGACCUUUCUAUUUGCAAUCUUUUUUUUUCAAAGGCUUCUCACUGACCACAAGAACACUGUGACCAGCCCCCACAUUUACACACCCACACUUAUGCAUUCAGUUGCUCCAUGAGUUCUGGGGAACAACUCAUUGUCACUCACAUGGUCCAACUCAACUCCACCCAACCACACCCUACGCAAUCCUUGUAGGUUAGAGAUCCUUCUGAGAAGACUAGAACUUUCCUAGAACUGUAGCAGAGAGGACAGAGAAAACACAUGUAUCAAAUUUGGACCCCAGGAAUUGACCACUGGUGGGCAUCGUGGUGUUUCAUAGGCAGCCAACCAUACAAAACGAAGAACUUUACAUCCUUCUUGUCAUUUUGAAAGACUGUAAAACCAGAGUCCAAUCUCCAUCAUCUCACAAGACACCAAGAACUUCUUACUUGUUCAAGACCUUGCACCAUGAAUUCAUAAAGACUCUUAAAAGCCAAGAAACAAAGCCUGUGUGGACAAAAUCCUCUGGAAACACAAACCCUCUGUCUUUAAUAGAAAAAUAAAUAUAGAAGCCAUUGCUCCUGACCAGUCCCUGAUGGAGAUUCCAGCUACCACAGAAGACUACUAUACAACCACAGAAUUUGACUAUGAGCCAUUCACCCCUUGCCAAAAGGAUUCUGUAAGAGCCUUUGGGGCUGGAUUUCUACUCCCUCUGUAUUCCCUGGUGUUCAUCAUUGGCAUGAUAGGCAAUAUCUUGGUGAUUCUGGUUCUCACGCAGUACAAGAGACUUCGAAGCAUGACCAGCAUCUACCUAUUCAACCUGGCCAUCUCUGAUCUGAUCUUCCUUUCCACUUUGCCUUUCUGGAUUGACUACACGUUAAAAGACACCUGGGUUUUUGGUGAUGCCAUGUGUAAACUCCUCUCUGGGUUUUAUUACCUGGGCCUAUACAGUGAGAUCUUCUUUAUCAUCCUGCUGACGAUUGACAGGUACCUGGCCAUUGUCCAUGCAGUGUUCGCUCUGCGAGCCCGGACUGUUGCUUUUGGCAUUACCACCAGUAUCAUCACCUGGGCCCUAGCCAUCUUGGCCUCCAUUCCUGGCUUAUACUUUUUCAAAGCCCAGUGGGAGUUCACUCACCAUACCUGUAGCCCUCAUUACCCCUUUGAGAGCCUGAAACAGUGGAAGCGAUUUCAGGCUCUGAAGCUGAACAUCCUUGGACUAAUUUUGCCUCUGUUAGUCAUGAUCAUCUGCUACACAGGAAUCAUCAGCAUUCUGCUCAGACGACCCAGUGAGAAGAAGGUCAAAGCCAUGCGUCUGAUAUUUGCCAUCACACUUCUCUUCUUCCUCCUCUGGACGCCCUAUAAUCUGACUGUCUUUGUUUCUGCUUUCCAAGACGUUCUAUUCACCAAUCAGUGUGAGCAGAGCAAACAGCUGGACCUGGCCAUACAGGUGACAGAGGUGAUUGCCUACACCCACUGCUGCAUCAACCCAGUCAUUUAUGUCUUUGUGGGUGAGCGGUUCCGGAAGUACCUCCGGCAGCUGUUUCAAAGGCUUGUGGUUGUACCCCUGUCAAAAUGGCUGCCCUCCCAUUUUGUGGACAAACCAGAAAGGGCCAGUUCUAUGUCUCCAUCCACAGGGGAGCAUGAGCUCUCUGCUGGCUUAUGAUUCCUACUCCUGGGUGUCAACCAAAGUCUAGGAGAGAGUGAGGAGAUAGUACAUGACUCCCCACGACAGAUACUGGGCAGCUGUCACAAUGAGGAUUCACAAUUUUAUAGGGUCAGAGGGAACUUAUAGGUGGUUCCGGUAUAAAUCAUUUCUUUAACUCUUUCCUUGACUGUCUCUCUGUUGAAAAAUAAAUGAAUGAGCAAAGUGUGGUGGGUGCUCCAGAGACUGGGAAAAUGGUUGGCAAUGAAGGGCUUGAGCCCAACAAGAGUUAGGGUCUGUGGUCAUUAACAAACGAAGCUGAACUGAACUUUUACUGAAUUCCACUCCUAAUGAUGUGAUAUUCUGAGAAAAUUUCAAGAAAAAUAUUGUAGUAGAAAAGAGUUUUGCAUACUUGAUAUUGACAUACAUUAUAAAGUAUAAAAUGCUAUAUCAAAAAUUUAAACUAUAACAAACUGAAGUUAAUGUAUUCAUUUACUUUAAAUAAUUAACAAGGAUACAAAUAGAUCAAAGAAUAAAUGCAAUAACAUCAGUAUAAGAAUACUGAUCACAAGGAAAUAACAAUAAAAAUACAUAGUUCUUUUGGUUGCUAA